AAAAAAAAAAUAUAUGAGCAUCAAUAUACUAGGUUAAGAAUAAUUUAGAAAAAUAAAAUCAUCAAAAUUUCUAACGGUAGUCAUGAUAAAAAUAGGCAAUCAAAGUGUCAAAAGAAUAUUUUGUAAACAAACAAGCUUGUUAUCAAAUUAUUAUUAUUAUAAUCCUUGUCGAUUAUACCAGGUUGUCCGGGUGUUUGAAUUAUUUUGCAAACAAAUACCUCCUACUUUCUCCCACCAAAGACUAAUAAGCACAACCAAUAAAAGACUAUUCAUUUUACAAGCCAAGAGUACUACGUUGUGGACAGCCUUGCACAAAGCCGGUCUUCAUUAUUAUUAUUUAUCAUAUAAAGUACAAUUAAUAAACGUAAAACAUUGCAACUAUUCGUGCAAUAAUAGUAAAAAAAAAAAUAUCAAUAUGGAAAGAGAUCCAGCAUCCAAUCAACUCAUCGAUUAUGCAGAUCAAAUAAAGGGUAAACCACCUGUUUUGUUAACUGGAAAUGGCGUACCAAUUGCUGACAAGAAAAACAGUCUUACAGCAGGUCCACGUGGGCCAUUGCUUCUUCAGGACUUUGUUUUUCUUGAUGAGAUGUCUCAUUUUGAUAGAGAAAGAAUACCCGAAAGAGUGGUUCAUGCAAAAGGUGCUGGUGCAUUUGGAUAUCUUGAGGUGACUCAUGAUAUAUCAAAAUACACAAAGGCUAACGUACUUCAAAUGGGCAAAAAAACACAAAUUGCAGUAAGAUUUUCAACUGUUGGUGGUGAGAGUGGAUCAGCUGAUACAGUGAGAGAUCCACGAGGUUUUGCUAUCAAGUUUUAUACUGAUGAAGGAAUAUGGGAUCUUGUUGGAAAUAAUACACCAAUAUUUUUUAUCAAAGAUCCUCUUAUGUUUCCAAGUUUUAUUCAUACACAAAAAAGAAAUCCAGCAACACAUUUAAAAGAUUUAGAUAUGAUGUGGGAUUUUUUUUCUCUACGUCCAGAAACAACUCAUCAAGUUUUGUUUUUAUUUGCUGAUCGUGGUAUACCUGAUGGAUAUCGUCACAUGAAUGGCUAUGGAUCACACACCUUUAAACUUGUCAAUGAUAAAAAUGAAAUGAUCUGGUGUAAAUUUCAUUUCAAGACCGAUCAAGGAAUUAAAAAUCUAACAGUUGACAAAGCUGCUGAAAUCGCAUCAUCUGAUCCUGAUUAUAGUAUUCGUGAUCUUUACAAUGCUAUUGCAAAAAAAGAAUAUCCCAAAUGGAAUUUCUUUAUUCAAGUAAUGACAGACCAACAAGCUAAAAGUUUUAGAUGGAAUCCCUUUGAUGUGACAAAGGUGUGGUCACACAAAGACUUUCCAUUGAUACCAGUUGGCAAAUUGGUAUUAGACAAAAAUCCUCUUAAUUAUUUUGCUGAUGUAGAACAAUUGGCUUUUGCUCCAGCUCAUACAGUACCAGGUAUUGAGCCAAGUCCUGAUAAAAUGCUUCAAGGACGUUUAUUUUCAUAUGCCGAUACACAUCGUCAUCGUCUUGGACCAAAUCAUCUUCAACUUCCUGUUAAUUGUCCUUACAAGACAAUAUCAGUAAUGAAUUAUCAACGAGAUGGCUUCAUGACAGUUCAUGGCCAGAGAAAUGCACCAAAUUAUUUUCCAAAUAGUUUUUCUGGACCACAAGAAUGUCCAGCAGUUAGAUCACCACCAGUUCCAAUUAUGGGUGAUGCUGAUCGUUAUGAGCCUGUUAAUGAAGAUGAUUUUACACAAGCUGGAAAUUUUUAUCGUAAUGUACUUGAUGCUGGUGCAAAAACUCGUCUUGUUGAUAACUUGGUUGGAAGUUUGUUCAAUACAUCAAACUUUAUCGUUGAACGUGCUAUAAAAAAUUUCUCUGGAGCUGACAUUGAGCUUGGAAAAAGAUUAGUUGAAGGUUUAAGAAAAAAAGGAAAAUCAAUCAACAUCUCUGGCAAAUCAUCAAACUUGUAAAAACUUGGUCUUGUUGUUUUGUUUUGCUUUUUUUUUUUCUAAUGUUGUUUUUGAUUUUGUUAUAUAUUGAUAUUCUAUACUUAAUUAUUUUUCUAUUCAAGUUUCCAAGAAGGCA